CAACUAACCGAAGAACAACAAAAACAACCCAACCGCAGAGGGGGGUUCUGCCAAAGCAGGGACCGAGGCAUGUGAUCUGAUGUGGUGUUGAAAACAAUCUUUCCUUUGGUCUCUGCUACAUCAGAGGAUUUUUAUUAACAGCUACAAAAUCUGCAAAAAAGUGAUAAAAAGAAAAAUGGAAACAAAUUGAGGGGAAAAAAGAAGAAAAUCUGGAAAAGUAGACUCUGGGAGGUGACUGUGCCCAUAAAGCACUGUGUGAGAUUAGAACUUUAGCAUUGGAUCACCACGCCUGCUAAACGACUUGAACCAUGGAGUCCUCUGAUGAAGAUGAGGUGCGCACCUUUGUUCAAGUCCUCAGUGAGAAGUAUAACCCUGAGAAUUUCCCCUAUGGCCAAGGCGUAGGAGUGGUUGUUCUGCCCAGGCCUCCAGGAUCCCCUGUCAAAGAUCGCCUCUUCUUGCCCAGCGCACUGGUUCUGAAUGACAGUGGAAUCAGUAAAGCCGGCGACAGGCAAGACAUCGCUGCUUCCUGUGCCCACGUGGUAGAGCUCGACCUGUCCCACAAUCAGCUGAAUGACUGGGGAGAGAUCGGCACCAUCGUUUCCAGCAUCCCACACCUGGACUUCCUCAAUCUGAGCAUGAACCCGCUAAGCGGCGUGCAGCUGGAGCCGAACAUGGCAGAGGUUUUUUCCAGGGUCCGACGACUGGUCCUCAUUAACACACAAGUCAGCUGGGACACUGUUCACACACUCACGCAGCACACACCAGAGCUGGAGGAGCUCUUCCUGUGUCUGAACGGCUACAACAGCGUGUCAGAGUCCCAGACGACAUGCCCGUCGCUACGCCUGCUGCAGAUUACAGAUAACCAGCUGCAGGAUUGGGCAGAAGUGAGGAAGUUUGGGCUGCUGUACCCCAGUCUGAGCACACUGGUGCUGGCCAAUAACAGCGUGGACUCUGUGGGAGACACCAAGGAGACACUGGAGCACCUCUUCCCCAACCUGCGUAGCAUCAACCUCAACAAUUCAGGUCUUAGUAAAUGGAUUGACAUUGAAAGGCUGAAUUUCUUUCCCAAACUGGUGGAGGUCAAAGCAAAGGGAAUCCCUUUACUGCAGUCUUACAGCACCGAGGAGAGACGUAGCCUCCUUUUAGCACAGCUGCCCUCCGUAAUGGUGCUGAACGGGGGUGCCGUGUCUAAUGGUGAGAGAGAGGAUGCUGAGAGGUUCUUCAUCAGAUACUACCAGGACUGUCCAGAGCAGGAGCGUCCCGAGAGGUACCGUAUCCUCGUGUCCAAAUAUGGCCACCUGGCUCCACUGGCUGAGGUAGACCUGAGACCCAGCCUCACCAUGGUGGUUGUUCGCUGGGGUGACAGGGUGGAGACAGUCAGCCUCCGUCUGGAGCAAACAGUGGGUGACCUAAAAAAACACCUUAAGGGUCUGCUGCAGCUACCCAAUGGGAUGAGGCUCUUCUACAUCGACCGAGAGAUGUGUUCAAUGUUUGGACCAGAGGAGCUGAAGUGCGGCACCCGGGCCCUGCAUUCCUACGGCAUUCGAGACGGGGACGAGAUCCUGGUAGUGCCCAGGGACAAAAGCCGCUGCAGCUCCUCGGGUCUUUGAGUCGGGAGGUUCUCCACUUCUGGAUGACUUGGAUUGGAGGAAUUGUAGAAAUGAUAAAUUACUGGAUAUUACGCUUUUGACUUGAACCCUUUUUUUAGAUAUCAAAAAAAGGGUGGGUGUUUUUGAUGGUAAAGAGGUUUGCUGUCUAAAAUCUUGAUCACAUUUAUGCAAUAGUACAUUUGCACAUAGUUGUUCGAUAUUUACAAAGACUUGAAUGCAAGUCGCACAUUUCUAUGCUUCAUGUGGCUUGAGCUACAAGUGCAGUUUACAUCUUAUUGAUGAAGCAUAAAAAAAAUAUCAAAAAGUUCUAGGACUGCUCCCUUAAUGGCCGAAAAACCAUACCUGACUCGAAAUUUGGCCGUUCUCCCCUUCAGGGUCUUCCACAUGUGCACCUCUGGAUAAAUAUCAGUCUUGUUAUGACCACUUCCACUUGUUCUUCUGUUUGCUGGAUAUCUUUUGCAGUCAAAACAGCAGUCAUUCAGCUUGAAUUUAAUUUCUGAGAAAACAAUGGAAAUUGCAGGAAGGCAGAGCUGGUAGACUUGAGAGCCAUGUGCCAUGCAUAUGUCAUAUGUGUUUACAAUCCAGGUCCUUCCCCUUGAAUAUUGUCCAUCAAGACAUUAUAGUAGAUCUCAUGGUCUUUAAUAGUGGACUGGCUGACCUUGGAGGAUGCCAAGAACGUGUGGGCAUCCUCCUCUCUGCUAUUUUUACCUGAUGUUGAACUUUUAGGCUUGAAAACUGGACUGUUUGUUGAAAAACUGUUUGUUUAAGCAAGUCCAAAGAAAGGCAAGUGCAGGUGGUAAGAGCAGGCGCAUCCAAAGAAAGCCACCGCGCUAAUGUGAUCGGGAUAGGCACAAGAACACAACCUCGAAGGGGAGUUCAGCCAAAUUUAUAUCUGAUGUGUUUUUAGAUUUUUAGGGGCUGCAGAACAUUAAGAUCAUACUUUCCUUCAUACAACUGUCUUUAAUUUUUUUUUAAAUUGUUUCCCUUAUUAUGAAUUAAAUGCAUAAAUUGCACACCAAUUUUAAAACUAAAAUCACCUUAUAAUUAAAGCAUUUGAAGGGUUAAAACAAACCUUCUAAUCCCUACUGUUGAUAUUUCUGCACCAAACUGAGAACGAAUUAGUAUUUUUAAAGAGCGAAUACAAUAAAAUUAGGAGACAAAUAUAAAUUAUACACGAUUUCAGAUUCAAAUUCAUUGGAUAUCAGAAAUGCCCUUUCUGAGAAUACAUUCUGCCACUUUCAUUGCACAUUGUUCCUCCGUAAUGAUUACACUUUGAUCAGCAUUGUCAUUUUUCUCCAUGUUUCUUUUGUAAAAGAUGAAUUGAUGCCUGUUCGCUAUAAACUGGCUGCAGGAGAUUUUGUACAGUCUGGGCUAAAAUUGUUCCAACCUAUUACGUUCUCCAGAAGCAACCAUGACGACAAAAAUAAAUAAAUAAUAAUAAUCAUACUGCAAUGAUUGCAACUAAUCAGGCUUUAAACGUGGUCUUGAUUUUUUUGUAGUGCCAAGGUUUUGUAAAUUGGGCACCAUCCAUAUUUGCACUGCAUUAAAAAAAUUACGUUUUAUUUACAUUUUCAUGAUGAUGACAGCCUCAAAGCACUGCUCUACUUUUCUAACCAUUAUUUAAGUGGAGAAGAUUUUGUUUUGUUUUGAUUUCCUGCAGGAAGAGUUUGUAGAUAAGCAGCACAUGUAAUUCCCUACUUAGACUUUCUCCACGCGAUUGUAGUGAAAUUUCCCGGAAUAACCUGCAAGCUGAUGCAUAAAUGCCAUGUGUUGGGUGUAACGUGCACGCGCAGACUCGCACACACACUCGGAUACCUCUCAGUCGAGACGCCCUGGCAGAAAGACGAGACAUGUCUGAGGUGAGCUCGGGUCUGGGACAGAGAAAAGAAGGAGUGUUGAUGCUCAAGUUACCGCAGGUCUUCUGGCUGUCCUGCGCAUGAAUGGAGCGCAAGAGCAGCUGAGAAGCGCUGAGGCUCACUCUGUAUGGUAACCACACACCAGCUGCUGUGUCACGGACACUUCCGCUGGAUUUAAGUUGGAACAGGUUCACCAAACAGCUUCUUGGCCCUCACCGGUCCACCCGAGUCUCUCUCCUUUACAUUUCCAUCUCACAGACACCCAAACUUUUAGUUUGCGCUGUUUCGCAGGUCCUGGUGUUGUGAGCUUUCAGCAGGAAUUUUUCAACCCAUCUUAUUGCCUGAACAUUUAUUUUACUUUAGCUGACGAGACUUUGGCUGUUGGUGUCUGCUGUGUUUUACCAGCUGGAGCAUUACAGAUGUAGUCACUUAAACUAUGUGUCAUAACAAUACUGGUGCAUUUUUUUUUCACGUGUUCGUUGGUAGCAAGUGAAGUUAUUUGGAGUUAAGUGAUUGUUGCUGUGGUUCUUUCUCUAAUUUAGACUCUAAUUAGAGCUCCCAGGUCAAAAUGCUUCUCUUGAGCGUCCGCAAAUAAAGUGUUUUGUUGUGCUUAUGCAAGCAUGUGAACAUGUGCUGGGGUGCACUUGUCCUGCGGCAGGCUCACAGUGCCAUCUGGACUGACAGAUUUUCUUUGUGUAGUAGAUGACUGGAGAUCUCUUUGUUUUAUUGACUUUUAUUAAUCUGUAUUAUGAUGAGUGGGCUGUUGAGAAGUGCUGGGAUAAGUGUGAGGGGUUUGUUUUGUUUUGUUUGGAUCAUUGUGAGGUUGGUUUGCACAGUCUCAUAUGUCUUUGUUUCUUUCAGCAUUUCAUCAUUUGCAAGACGUGUCAUUUCAGGGAAACGAUGUUGUUUUAUGGGCAUUUGUAAUUUUGACAUUUCUAGAAUAUUAACUGCGCCUGUCACCUUUUUAUCUAUCCUUCAGUAAUACCAAAACAGAGUUUAUUUACAGAUUUUAAAAAGUUUUAAAAAAAGUAGAUGAUCUAAAGUUCACUUUGCCUUGUGCUGGUUAGUGUGUGGUGUUUAAUUUAUAUUUCGUUUGCUCUCUGUAUUGCUUUUCUUCCGUGCACUUUUAAUUCUUGUUUGCAUUACUGCAAUCUUUCUAUACCUGUACUGUAUAAUGGUGCUUUAACUUCUCUUAAAUAAAAAAAUAAAUAAAUACUGAUUGUUCCAGCUAA